GGUUCCCAGGGCAAUGGAAUGAGCUGUGGGGAGGGAAUUUCCAUCAGAGGCUUACCAGGGCCUUGCUUCAGCCAGGGCUGGAAAAGGACUGCAUUCCUGGGCUGUUUUCAAGAUUUGCCAUGGAGAAGAUCUCAGUGUCGGCCUUUUUGCUCCUUGCCACCCUCUCUUACACUCUGGCCAAAGAUAUCACGGUCAAACCAGGAGCUAAGAAGGACACGAAGGACUCUGCACCCAAACUGCCCCAGACCCUCUCCAGAGGCUGGGGGGAUCAACUCAUCUGGACUCAGACUUACGAAGAAGCUUUAUACAAAUCCAAGACAAGCAACAAACCCUUAAUGAUUAUUCAUCACUUGGAUGAAUGCCCACACAGUCAAGCUUUAAAGAAAGUGUUUGCAGACAAUAAAGAAGUCCAGAGAUUGGCAGAGCAGUUCGUCCUCCUCAAUCUGGUUUAUGAAACAACUGAUAAACACCUUUCUCCUGAUGGCCAGUAUGUCCCCAGGAUCAUGUUUGUUGACCCAUCCCUGACAGUGAGAGCUGACAUCACUGGCAGAUACUCGAAUCGUCUGUAUGCUUACGAACCUGCAGAUAUACCUCUAUUGAUCGAAAACAUGAAGAAAGCUCUCAAGUUGCUGAAGACUGAAUUGUAGAGAAAAAAACAGCAUCUGCGAGGUUUUCUAUGUCAGGCCUUGAGACUUAAGAAGAUCUUAGGAGACCUUGGAGAAUACAGGAACACAGAUGGACAUACUGACUAGAUCAUGGUCAUUGUUACAACAGGUGUUUUUUUUUAAUUUGGUUUUAAGUCUAUAUGUAUGUAAACAAUCUUGCCUACUCCCAUACUAAGCCAUGAUUUUUAAAAAAAUAAAUCCUUUUGGGGGUGCUGAACCUGUUAUUUCUUCCCCCAACUUAGUCCUUUAGAGAAAAGCUAUUUAAUUCAUUCACCACAUAGGACUUUUGAACACACAAAAUGUUCAAAGAAGAGAUAAGACAAAUUUUACCGGAGCAACGAAGACCAAAGACAGUCAGUUACCACCUCACCUCAUUACGUAGUUUCUCACAGCGUGCCUAAAAGUAGUCAUGAGCUUAGUCAACAGAAGCAUCAAACCAGAAUAUGUGUUAGUGUCAAAGAAUAUGUAGAAAGGCAUCCCAGGAAGAUUGGGUACCUCCCCACCCUGGUGGGGAGCUCCUUAAUACCCACUUUAAGAAUUCAAUAUUAGUUAGAUAUUGCAGUUUAACCCUCUCAGAUAAAGCUUCUGGCAGAAAGCUUUCUCCCUCAGAGCACUAAGGCAGUGAAAAGGUCAUUCAGAGAUCAUCUGCCCCUGUGAACACGCCCUCAAGAAAUCCUAAGAACUAGCCUUAGGAUACAUUUUGUCUCUCAGAAUCAUUCAAGAGAGUUCUGUGAAGAUGCCAAUGGCAAUGUUAUUUAAACAAACUUUUUUAAAAAAGGCAACCUCAAAAUAUAAUGGUUACAUAGUUUAUGAACUCAAAGGGCCCUAUAUGUUGUCAUCUAUGAAAAUACAAACUAUGAAGAAACAAAAGGAUAAGUGAAAAAGAAUGUAAGAAUCUCUGUGCUGUUCUGGCAAGUACAGGAAGUGUGUGGGCACACAGGUUAGAAAGAGAUGCAAACGCACACACUUUUGCUUUAAGCAUAUGGAAACAUCAGCAAACCUGUUCUUUCUAACAAAUCCUUUCUUGUCGUCUCUCAAUCUUGCCCUGUGUUCCAAUAAAUUUAAGUGGAAGCAUA